UUCCCUCCUCCGCGCGGGGGUGAACGUCAUUCAUGAUUUAGUCGCCAGCGUUCGCGAUCGCGGCGAGGGUUUAUCGGCGCGUUCCCGGAUAUUCGCGUGUGGUGUUCGCGUAUACGCGCGUAGAGCCGCGUAAUCGAGGAACAGACCCGGGCUCCUUCGCCGCCGUGAAGUCGCGCGCGCUUCCCACGCCGCUCUCUCGCGCAGCACUCUCGGCACUCCGCGCGCGGUGCGGGACUGAUCGAUCGGCCGAGUGAAGUUCGCCGCACGCGGAGGACCCGUACGGCGCUGCUUCUCAUCCACGGACGCGCGCGAUGCCACCCGUCCCGUCGCUCUCCUGAUACCCGACCCGGCCCGUCUCCACGAUGGACUCUCCGCCGUUCUAACGGGGCGGUAAGAUGGCUGUCUUGUAGUGCCGAUCGCACCGGUAGCACACGAGUCAGUGGCGCGACCACGUCGGCGUUGUAACAUUGAUGAACAGAAGAUUUCGCAUAAAGGCCCGUUCUACCACGUUGUAACGUCCGACUGCGAAGUAGUCCGGCGGAAAUGGCGGACGAGUGCAGCGAGGCCAAGUCGGUAGGACCGUCCUCGCCGAGGAGUCCGCAGGGCGGCGGCAGCAACGGCGGCAAGCCCGGUAGCCCGCACUCGCCUAGGCAACCAAGACGUGUGAAGCUAACUCAGCAACAGUUGGACAGCUUGACUAAGGACGAGCUGGCGGCCAAAUGGCAUGAACAGGACUUGUAUGUGGAGUGUCUAGAAGCUCAGACGGCAGCUCAGGAAGGUGAACUAGCUUCAUUGAGAGAAUCCGAAAACAAAUACAGACAGCAAUAUAUAGAAGCGUCCCACAGGGAGAAGAUCUUAGUAAGGAGGCUUGCCUCUAAAGAGCAGGAAUUGCAAGAGUAUAUUAAUCAAAUAACUGAAAUGAAAGCCACCCAAGCUCCGUCCGCAGCUGCAUUAAGGUCGGCUCUGUUAGAUCCGGCUGUUAAUAUAUUGAUACAGAAAUUAAGGCAAGAGUUAAUAACGACCAAGGGCAAAUUGGAGGAUACACAGAAUGAACUAAGCGCGUGGAAGUUCACCCCGGACAGCAAUACGGGGAAAAGGUUAAUGGCAAAAUGUAGAUUGUUGUAUCAGGAAAACGAAGAACUUGGCCGUAUGAUUGCCAGUGGGCGUAUUGCUAAGUUGGAAGGCGAGCUUGCUCUGCAAAAGAGCUUCAGUGAAGAAGUGAAAAAGUCACAAUCAGAAUUAGACGAGUUUCUGCAGGAUUUGGAUGAAGACGUGGAGGGUAUGCAGAGUACCAUUUACUUUUUACAACAAGAAUUACGCAAGGCCCGAGAAUCGGUCACGCUACUGCAACAGGAGAAUGCAGGGUUAAAGGCGAAUACAAACGACAAUAAUUUAUCGAACGGUUUGUCGCCGCAUACGCCACCGAUCAAGAAAGAGGAGCCGGAAGAAACUGCUGUACCGGAUGCGAAACCUCCGAAACCGAUAGAGGACAGUGAUGUGUGCAAAGGUGUAAGGACUCCACCGUUAACGUCGCCCCAGAGUGAGCUUACCAGUGUCGAAAGAACAGAACGUGCAGAGAGAAAACUUAAUCAAGCCGAUCAUAAUGACGAGAGUUCCAGCGACUCCGCAGCGUUAAUUAUUAAGGUCGAGAAUGAGGAACUUAGUGAUAGGGAGGAGGAGCAGGAGGAAAAUCGGAACAAGCGAAUAUUGAGGAGUAAAAAUCACAGUAGGAAUAGUGGUAAAUCGAACGGGGAGGAGGUGAUAACGCGAACGACGCGGGGUAGGGACAGGAUAAAGAGGGAGAAAAGUGCAGCCAGUAGUGAUGAUGAAAGGACGCACAAGAAGAAACGGAGGGAGAGUAUUCUUUCUCUCGAUUAUAACGAAGCCGACGACGAUGCGCUAGUUUUAACCAAUGGCGAGACUCUGCAGAGUGAUCCGGAAUGAGCGAUUAUAUUCUAGGUUGAUCUUGGAGGACAUUAACCACACGCGUGGUUGAGAAUCGCGAUAUAUGUAUAUGAUUUAACAUCCCCACGUUACUACUAUGUACAAAAUUUUUCAUCUAAAGCAACGCCGGCUAUUUACAAGAUGAAUUGUUCGAAUAAAUAAAUAAUUAGUCAUAAAGAAACGUAAUUUCAGUACCUGUAUUCGUGAUAAACUGCAAAGGAUAAAUAUUCACAUUGGUCUCUAAAAAACAAACACAAAAAUGACAAGUCUGUAAAUACUCUUAUACCACUAGAUCACUAUAACGUUCACGUUUACGUCGAGUUACUUGCAAACGACCAAGUUGCGUAUUACAUUACAAAGAUAUAUCGGACGAAAAAUCUGAAUAGGUUUAAUAUAAUUUAUUACAGUCGAACGCGCUGUAAGGGAAAUUAGAACAAUCGAAUUUCGUUUAUAUUUUGUAAAUUUAUUGUAUUAAAACUAUAUAAAAAUCAGCAAGGACUUUGAUUAAUCAGUAAAUGAAAAGGACAAUCCGUAAGAUAUUGUCAAGAAUUAAUCAAAACUGACUAUAUUACAUAAAUAAAUUCUAAUACCUUCACGAAAAGAAAGAGGCGCGCCGUGAGAUUUUCGCAUGAUUACGUACGUAACGGUCCGAUGUACAUAUGUAUUUCCGUGCAAUGUGAGGCGUAUAUCGAUCCCGCGUACAAUAUGCGUUUUCGUUUUGCGUUUUUAUUAAACAAUUGGCAAAUAACAAAGUAUAUAACGUUAGUCUUAGCAUCGCAUACGGAUUGAUCUCACAGACUGAUACAUUUGAAUUUACAUUGUUUAUUUUCUCUAAACUAAACUUUUGUAGCAUUUGAUAUAUUUUAUAUUAUCUAUAUAUGCAAAUUUGUUUUGUGUCGUCUCUCGGAAAGAUUUGCGCCUUCAAUUUCGUUCCACGGCGGUCUAUGCUGCGAGAGAAAAAAAUAAGAGGAUAUCAAAAGUUGCAUUGGGGAAAAAAAUAUUACGAGUCACGCACGAUACGUUCCAUCCCAAAUUUUCUGUACAGUGCCAUUAUUAUUCUUGUCUAGAUAUCGAUGCUAUUAUGACUUCAGGGCCACAAGCGACGGAAGAUAGAGCCUUUUUCUUACGCACAUUUUGCAAUCGAAGCAUAUGGUGUCUUCUUUUCUUUAAAUAAUUUUAAGAACGAUUGAAAGUCACCUUGUAUUUCGAUGAGAGUUGAGUGAAAUUUUUUACACGUUCGCCUUUUUGCUUACGCGAUGUAGAACGUCCGCGUGCUACACUCACCGCUAAAAGUAUGCUAACACAUGAAUUGUGAAUAUCUUCAACUGCAAGACAUGAUCAUUAAAGGAUUCCUUAUUCAGACUGAA